AUGUAUCUUUCAAGACGAAGACUGCGACAUCUCAGUGGCAUUUCGAUAUACAACGUCUCGUUGACAAAAGAUGCAAAAUCCGAACUCAAACCACCGUACAGUCCUUCCAUAUUCGUAGCAAUUGAAGAUCUUCAUGGACGAUGUCUUUAUGUAAGUGAAGCACAGAAAAGAUCGCAAUGCGGUCUGCGAUUUGAAGACAUACCUGCUUUGCCCUACGCGAUGACCAAAAUCAAACUCAAAAUUGUGGGUCAAAUUCCGCAAAAUUUACUCGAGGAAAAUGAAGAUCUUCCCGUGUGGACCACCCUUGCGACUUAUGCAUUGGACUUGAGUCGGCUCUCACCAGUUUUGAGUGAUGACGAAGGUAACCUCAGUCCCAAGACAGGAAAUGUCAAUGUUCCCGUACUUCAUUUCUCGGAUGGAGUAUUUGGCACACCAGGUAACUUCGAGGUCCCUCCCAAGAUUACGCCCGAGCCAGUAACACCAAAGAAAAGCUUUACCUUCAACGGUGUUCUCAAGCUCAAUAAAAUUUUGGAAUACUGGACCCAAAUGCAUUUAGAGCUUCAAGAGCUAUCCGAAAAAAUUGACGAUCUCGUUGAUGAAAAACCAAAACUUUUGUCUAAGGAUGCACUUCUUCAUGCGAGUGAGUCACUGGAGCUGUCGAUCGAAAGACGACUGAAUAAGAUCCAAAGCUUAGAAUGUAGCAAGCAAAACGGGUCCACUUACCAUCUUGACUCCUCGACAGAGCUCCCGAUGAAUGAAGACUACGGUGUAACUCUAUCUGACUACACAAGUGCUUUGCACCGCUUGCAAUCGCUGGAAGAGCGCAAAGUCAGUCAACUGCUCAUCGCCAUGAAGGGCACCUCAUUAUGUGGCCAGAGCGGAUAUGUGAUACCAAAUAAAAAACACCAGUCUAUUUAUGAGAUGCAAUUGAAAAGAGUCGAACCAUUUACAGCGUUAAACGAUCGAGACCGAAUAUUGAAAAAUUCGACGCUCGGUUACUACUUGUUAUUUGUACACAUUCUCGCAAACAAAGUGUUCCACACACCGCUUCCGCAUCAGCUUUCCUUUUACGGCAGCACGUCUCUUAUAGACAACGCGCUGCCCUUGUACCUUGCGGCAUCAUCGACCCAGCAACAUUUAUCUGACUUUGACCUGGCGGUUGAGCGCUUCAAUCGCAACAUCAUGCAAGUGAAUCAGUUUUUGGAAUGCCAUCGCUGA